AUGAACGCUCUGCAACAUCACAGGAGAUUGCAAUUACCGCGAAUACGAAAGAAGAAGAAGCGGCGGAUGAUGCUCCGAGGCGCCGAGGAAGGAUAUUACCCGUUAUGCCGCCGUUCGAGCAACGUGACAGAAGAUUGUGAUGAUGAGUGGGAUUCUUUAUCCAAUUUUUUCUAUGUGUUUAUACUUGCUCAAAUAUGUAUCGGUAUUGGUGCAUCACCCAUUUAUACUGUUGGGUAUGCAUGGGUCGAUGAAAACACAACACACGCAAAAAGUGGGUGGUAUAUGGGAAUUUUGAAUACAAUGGCUGUGCUUGGGCCUUCUACUGGGUUCAUAGUCGGUGCCCUGACUCUAACAUUGUUUACAGAGCUUACAGUCGAAGAGAUUAAUAGCAGUGAUAAAUAUGACAAUGCGCGCACCAAAUAUAUCAAAGAUGAACGAAGGUCCCAGGCACAUGCUGACGGAUCAGAUGUUGUUGCCCAACAGCAGGGAUUUGGUAGAACAUGGCGUGACUUUUGGCCGGCGUCUAAGAUAUUAUUCAAGAAUUAUCCGUACAUGUGGAUCAACUGUGCUCGUACAACCAGUACUUUGGUUCUUUCUGGGUGUCAUAUCGAUUCCUGGCGCUGCACACUACUUGGUGGCUGGACUGUGAAGAAAACCAACUAUGGUGUUAAAGGAAAUCUUAAACUCUGUAUUGCAAUCUCUAUUGCUACUAUCGUGCUGUCGUUGUCCUACUUUCUGAGAUGCCCAGAUCAACCAAUAGCUGGGGUGUUUAGGUCUUACGAUCCAACAAACACUACUCGGUUGAGUGAGGUACAACUGGAUCACCCGUGCAAUGCAGGUUGCAAUUGCUUCCGACGAGUGUAUGUACCUGUCUGUAGUGAGAUCAAUGGUCUGCAAUAUUUUGAUGGUUGUUAUGCUGGAUGUGAACUGACACCCGAUGCGUUGCCAGCAUUACACUGGCCUGAAUCGAAAGUCUUGUGUGUUGUAAUUUAUAGUUCGCUUGCCUGUAUUCUCUGCGGAACAAAGGCAUUCCCUUCAUUUUCUAAAUAUUAUAAAAGUAGCAACAAUGCAUUUGUUGCACUGAGAGUAAGUCAAUUAAUUCGAAUCAAGAGGUUUCUGGUUGAACAAUCUUAA